AUACUACCUUUCUUUGACACCAUGGAACUGUUCAUCGAGACACUGACGGGGACCAGCUUCCAGCUGCGUGUCUGUCCCUAUGAGACAGUCAUCUCAGUGAAAGACAAAAUCCAAAGACUUGAGGGUAUCCCAGUUUCUCAGCAGCAUCUGAUCUGGAACAGUAUGGAACUGGAGGAUGAGUAUUACCUACGCCAUUACAAUAUUACGGAAGGCUGCACUCUAAAGCUGGUGCUGGCCAUGAGGGGAGGACCAAUCAACACCAGGAGAGUGACGGUGGAUGACUAUGUGAAAGAGAUGGCAGACUGCUUGGACUCAGCAAGGGAUGAAGUUUGGGAGAAAACGUUGCCCAAUAAGCAGGUCACCUUCCUAGUAUACCGUAAGGGUGAUCAGCUUAACUUCUUCCGGGUAGUGGAGCGGGGGGACGGAACGCUCACCCCAGUGUCAGAGUCUGUAAGUGGUGGCUCAGUGCAUAAUGUAUACUCAGAAGAGGAUGAAGAGGCUGAAAGCUCUUCUUCACGUCAGCUGACCCUGGAGAAUUCCAUCACUAUGAGUAAAAUGAAACUGCUGAAAACCAGGAUGGAGAACAUGAAUCUUAACAGAAAGCCUAAGAAGAUGGCUAAGCUGAAAAUUAGGCCUCCUACUGGUCCUCGUUCCUCCAGUGGCCCCUCUGGACCAGACCAACAACACCAUUUGCUCCGUCUCAUUCCUCAGAUUGGACCACCCUCCUCAACUCAUCUACCUCCAAUCGCUGACCAGCCGCAACCUGCAGCCCCACCUGCUGCUGCCGGCUCUUCACACUUGACUCUGUCCUCUGUCGCAGGCCACGCCCCGUCACACAGAAUUCCUUCCUCAUUAGCUUACCCUAACUGUCAAAUGCUCCAAGUGGAGGAGCAAAGGGAUUGGUCCACCUUCAAUAAGGUCUGCCCACCCUCCAAGGUGUCCAAACUGGGCAGGGCUAAAGGAGUGACAGACAGCGUGUGCCCAUCUUUUCCAUUUCUGUCCAGCCGGGCCAUUUCAGAUGCUUCUGUGGAUGAUCUGGGUCUCCAUAGCAAUGCAGUUAAACCGGCAGAGAAUCUGGUAUUGUUGGACCCAAGUAAAGCUGUUCACUGUUCAGACAUCCUUCCAGAACAGUUGAGCAUGGAUUUAGCAUCUCAGUGUGAAGCCAGUUUGGACUCAGUCAGAACCAGGCCUGAGCCGGCUGCUGCAGCUCAUCUGCUUUCCCCCAGCAUCACUCAAAACCCACUCAGUACCUGGGCUAUUGGAGCAGACCAGUUAACCUCCAAACCAGACCUAGCUCCUCUGGACUCCCUAAACCUCCCAAAUAGGCCAGUCUCCCCUUCCAGAUCACCACAGCCCUGUGAACUCACGCUGGGGAUGCACUCCACAACCCCUCCCCUCCACCAUCUCCUCAGGCCUGACCCAAAUUCCCACAGAGCUCGAACACCAUCCCAAACCGCGUCCGUCCCCCUCCGCAGCAUCAGACUCGACCCACCCUGCAAACGCUCUGAUGACUCCUCCAGAGGCGAGGCCUGUAACAUCGCUAAAUUAGUCAAUCAAGGGCUAAAGGAGUCCCUGGGAGCAGUCAGGGCUUCAGCUUUGAGUGGACUAGGCAGGGCAGAGGGUUUAAGUAACCCUCACAUGCCCCCUUCCCUCACCACAAGCUUCACUCUGCUUAGGAGACCACUACCCCCACCUCAUCGGACAACACCAUCCCAACACGUGUCUUCAAAUAUCCCGGGAGCUUCGGCUGGCCAUUCCUGCUCAGGAAAGAGAUUAGGUACUCCGUCCUAUCACCUGCCCCCAGUCAAGGCUCCUGUCAGCUCAAAGAAGAAGAACUCAAAGCACUGUUUUCUGUGUGGGAAGAAGACCGGCCUUGCCACCAGCUAUGAAUGCAGGUGUGGAAACAACUUCUGCUCCACUCAUCGCUAUGCAGAGACUCACGACUGCACCUUUAACUACAAGACCGCUGGCCGGCGUUUUCUACAGGAAACCAAUCCUGUCGUCUCUGCCCCAAAACUGCCCAAAAUCUGA